AUGGUUGAAACAAGGUCGCAAAGAAAGGCAUACCCACAAAGACCGCCAUACCCACAGGUCAGCACGCAAUCGUCGAUAUCGUCAGCGACUUCGUCAGUGUUCCAGAGCUCGAGUAGUCUGGACUCACUGUCAUCGGCUGGCUCGCCUAUCGGCGGUCUACCACAACAGUCGCCGAGCAUGCUACAACCACAGAUGCCAUUUGGGUCAUCAGCGCCACUACCUUCGCCGUCGAGCAGUCAACCGACAGCGUAUUUCGGUUCGAUAGCGAAAGCGCAGGCGUCUAUGUCACAUCCAGCGCAGCAAAGAUCACAACAAUACGGCCAACAGUUAGUGCCCGGAGCGUAUCUGGGACAGAGAGGUGCUGGUGGCGGUGCGCCCGAGACGGCGCCCUAUUUGCAGGACUUCAACCUGGUGGCGGAGGCGGCAAAACGAGCGCAAAUGGCGUGUUUGACGAGGGACUUAGGCGAUAUCGGGCUGUGA